UUCAUCUCAUAAAACCUCCAACCCACUAACACCAAAACAUUGUUUGUCUUCCCUCUCUGUCUCUCUCUCCCUCUUUCACCCUUCUGUACCUUUUUGUUCUUUAUGUCUUUGUUUGUAAGAAACUAGAGAGAGGGAGAGAGAGAGAGAGAGAGGGAGGAAGAGAUGGAAGAAGAAAACUAUGUGCCGGUAGACUCCAUGCAGUAUUAUACAGCUCGGAUGAUGUCUCCGGAAAUCGUAGAGAUCGGAGAAGAGAGUAAGAGCUUUGCGGGCAGCAAAGAUGGAAGUGGCAGCGAUGUUUAUGUAGCUGUUGGUAGAGAUAACUUAGAUGUGUUGAAAUGGGCACUUGACCAUGCUGUUUCUCCUGGAGGUCGGGUUUUUCUUGUUCAUGUUUUUGCUCCCAUAACUUUUGUACGUACGCCAGUUGGGAAGUUAUCAAAGAACCAGUUGAACGAAGAGCAGCUGAGAGUUUACGUUAAUGAAGAGAAUAACCGAAGAAGGAACCUCUUGGCAAAAUACAUUCGCCUGUGCAUUGACUCCAAGGUGACAGUGGAUACGAUGCUGAUUGAGAGCAAUUCCAUGUCCAAAGCAAUCCUUGAACUCAUUCCUGUUCUCAACAUCACCUGCCUUGUCAUCGGAACCAAACAUCCACCUAGCUCAAGGCAGAGGAGGAGAAAACAGGGGAUAGGAGAAUUGAUCAAGAAGAAUGCUCCGGACUACUGUGAGGUUACCAUUGUUCAUGAUGGCAAGAAGGUUCAAGAUUGUCAACAGGAACCAGAGCAGGUCCAUUCAUCCCAAGAAUCCAGUCCCCGAAGACCAGGGCUCAUCUCCGAAAGGAAUUUCUUCCAGUGUGUAUGCUUUACAGGCAAGUUCAAUUGAGCCUGUGCUUGGUUCCCCUGCGGAUCAGUGGGAUGAUCUACAAGGAAAAAUCAUAGUUUCCCAUUUUAUUCCUCCAUUUUCUGUAAACUCGAAAGAUACCAUUACUGCUUGAUUGAUCUACUCUUGAUGCUGAAUGUAAAUUGGAAAACUGAUAAUGAUAAAGAGAUUUAGUGAAAGUCAUUGCAAUACUGUG